UUUGUAUAUUAUUAAAAUGAUUAUGACGCGCUAAACUUCCAGGAUCAUUUGACGCAUGGGCGGCUCAAUACUGCCCUCUAGUGACGACCAGGAGGGGUUAAAUUUGCUGUCUCAAAUGUUUUCAAACUGCAACGUGGAAACUUAUCCCACAACUACUAUAGUUUUCAAUAUUCAUAUCUUAAAAAUGGGAUAAAGGCCCUGUGUAGUUACAUAGUUGUGCUUUUAUUUGUAUUAGUACGGGGGUUUUACAUCACUUUGUUACAUUGAGAGGGAAUGUGCUGCCUCUUCAACUGGAGACUAUCAUUGUUGCUUGUUUUCCUUUGGACUAAUUGUUUGGUAAAGUGCACUUUAGUCACCGUUGGGGAAUGAGGGAGAGGGGACAAAGUUCAAGGCAGGGGGGGAGGCGGUGAAGAGGAAGAAGGUUAAAAAAAAAGAAAAUUGACCUUUGAAAGCUAAACAGCAGGUGGAGAGCUAAAACCAGGCAGCUCAGGAUUAACCGAGAGGGAGACAAAUAUCAAGAAAAAGAUAGAAAGAAGCUGAGACUUUUUUUCUUAACUGAAGAUACGAUGACGCCUAUCUUUGUCCAUAUGGCAAAGCUCUGCAGUGUGUAAGCAGCACGAGAGGAGAGAGUUUGUUUGCAAAGCCAGAGCAGGUAAGGCAUCAGAGUAAUGGAGGGUGAGGAAAGGGCAGCCGUGGCGAGGUCCAGCCGUCUGACGGCCCUUCAGGAACAGCUGGUCUGGGCCCUGCUGGAAUCGGGCCUGUCUCGAGAUGUCUUGAUCCACGCAAUGGGGGAACUGGAGCGGGACAGGGUGAACGGAACCGACAAGGGAGAGAGGGGGGACGAGGAGAGCUCCGAGGAGGGAGAAAUGGAAAAUCCACCCAUAUACCGAGAUUUGGAAAAGCUUCCUCCUGAGGAGGCAGCCAAACUGAGGACUGAAGUGGAGCGGCUCCUGCAGAAGGACCCGUGGCAUGUUGCAAAAAUGGUGAAAAGCUACAUGCAGCAACACAAUCUCCCUCAGAGAGAAGUGGUAGAGUCCACAGGCCUCAAUCAGUCGCAUCUCUCCCAGCAUCUCAACAAAGGCACGCCGAUGAAGAACCAGAAGAGAGCUGCAUUGUACAGUUGGUACGUCAAGAAGCAGUGUGAAAUCAGCCAGCAAUUCACCAAUGCCAAACAUGGGCUCACGUCUAUGGAGGAGCCAGGUGAAGACUCCAGGAGGGGACGGAGGAACAGAUUCAAAUGGGGCCCUGCUUCCUUACAGAUCCUUUUCCACGCUUAUGAACGACAAAAAAACCCCAGCAAGGAGGAGAGAGACGGAUUGGUGGUGGAGUGUAACAGGGCAGAAUGUUUGCAGAGGGGGGUGUCCCCUUCACAGCUUGCUGGCCUGGGCUCCAACCUGGUUACUGAGGUCAGGGUGUACAACUGGUUUGCCAACCGCCGAAAAGAGGAGGCCUUCCGGCACAAAUUGGCUCUCGAUGGUCCUUUCACCAGCCACUCGGUUUCUUCUUCCAACCCCAACCUUUCUUCAAGUCCAGAGCUCAGUGCCAAAUACAGCCAUCAAAUCCAAUGCGACAACCUGAAUUCAGUCAGAGGUAGCGGAGGGGAAAGUGUGGGGCGUCUUGUGGCCAGUCCUGUCCAGCUGGAGCCAAGCCACACACUCCUUGAGAGCCACCACCCCAAACUGGUUUCCAGUGGAGGCCCACUGCCGCCUGUAAGCACUCUGACCUCACUGCACAGUUUGUCCUCCUCUUCUGCAUCCUCACAAGGCCUUAUCAUGGCCUCUCUGCCCAGCGUUAUGAGUCUAGGAGAGUCCUCACUUCUCAUUGGUCUAGCUUCAACGCAAACUCAAACGGUACCCGUCAUUAACAACAUGGGCGGUGGCUUCACGACUCUGCAGCCAAUCUCCUUCCAGCAGCAGCUUCACGCCCAGCAGCCAAUGCAACAGCAGCUCCAGAGUCACAUGGGUGCCAGUCCAUUCAUGGCAACCAUGGCACAGCUGCCAAGUCACAUGUACAAGACAGAUUCACCUCAGUACCAUUCGUCCAGUCUGCUGUCUCAAGCCAUGGUCAUCACUGACAGUAGCAGUCUGGGGACACUAACCAGCCUUGCAUCAGUCAGACAGAUUCUGACAGCAGAUCCAGAGGAGCACACAGAUCCUUCACUACAGGAAAGUUCUCUGCACCUGCAGGCUCACACACCUGUACCAGCAUCAAGCCAGAGCCCAGAAAUGUAUCCCACUUCCCAGACAACCGACAGUCACCAGUCUCACCUCCUGGCCCCUUCACCAACAGACAUUAGCUCUUACAUUCCCGCACAAAUGGUCUCUCCAGCACAGUAGUGCAGUGCCCGAGCAAUGCCUCGCCAACACCGACGUGACCAAGGAGCUGUUUGGAAUGUUGGUUGUGAAGAAAGGAUCCCCCCCAAAAAAAACUCUGAUUUAUGUUUAUGCAGAAAAGCGACAAAUUUUACAAAAAAAAAACAUAUUUAAAUACUUUUUUAUAAUCUUGGGAAAUUGCUCAUUCACUUAAAAUGUGAACUCAAUAUUAUAUGCAUUUUAUAAACACAUUUUGAACAUCUUGUAACAAACUGAGCAAUAGUAUUAAACAGCAUUUUACACUAUAUGUUGACAAUUACAAACAUGGGACAACAUUCUUAA